AUGGCUAUGGCUAGUGGGAAACUUUUGGUGCAUUGCUUGGUAGCAGUAUUGCUCAUUGUGUUGGUAGAAGGAGCCAAUGAGCCAACCAUUUGUGAUAUUCCCAUGGCCAAGCUCAACCUGUGUCGUCCGGCGGUGACAGGGAAAAAUCCUCCGGCACCAACCAAGGAAUGCUGUAGUUUGAUCAAACACGCUAGCUUGACUUGUCUCUGCAACUUCAAGGAUGCUCUUCCUGCCUUGAAUAUUGACCCUGCCAAUGCAUUUGCAUUGCCUAAGAAAUGCAAAUCUAAUGCUCCCAUACCACCACAGUGCAAGGCCUGA